CCUUCGGUUGACGCCGCAGUCCCCAUAAUUCCCAAUUCACAACCCAUCUGAAACCUCAGAAGUAGUUGACUGGGUGCCGGGAGCUCCGUUCUGUUCGGACCCUUCGUCUUCUCAUCCUAUUAUUAUUAAUAAAAAGUAGUAUAUUGUUUUGUUAAAUUUGCAGUUCGAUAUAAAAGCUGCAAAAUAAAGGAAGGUAGAGACGUCUGAAAGAAAAAGGACAAGGUAGAGCCCCUAUCACUAUUCACUGCCGCCUAAAAUGCGAUUGAUGAUAGCGUUCACAACAAUAGCAGCAGCAGCAGCAGCAGCAUUAGCAUUGAGCAUUUUUGCUGCAAGGGCUUCGGCGGAUGGUCUAAACAAGUCGGCGUCCACAGGCCUGUAUUGGUCUACCGCAAAAGAGGAGGGAGAUCUCGUUGCAAAAGCCGACGCCGCCGGGGAUUCCUCUUUGCUCUGGGAUGAUGAUGACGAGAACCACCGUGAUUUUGACGCCGGUGGUUUCUCUUCCCUCGACGGAAUGUUGCAGUGGGCAAUAGGGCAUUCCGAUCCUUCUAAGUUGAAAGAAGCCGUGAAAGAUGUCCAACGCUUGUCUCCUGAUGAGCUAAAGAAACGCCAUAUGGAGAUAAAGGCUUGUCAGGAACUGAUGGAGAAGUUAAAGAUGCCUUCAGAUGCACAACUGAUGAGGAUUGCAAUAGAUGAUUUAAAGAAUUCGUCUUUACCAUCAGAGGAUCGUCUUCGUGCACUAGAGGAGCUUUCAACACUUGUGGAGCCAAUAGAUAAUGCAAAUGAAUUGCACAAACUUGGUGGUCUCAUUAUAGUUAUAAAACAACUAAAUCACCCCGAGCAAGAAGUCAGGACUGCUUCUGCACUCAUUCUUGGCAAAGCCUGUCAAAAUAACCCUGUUGUUCAAAAGCAGGUACUGGAACUUGAUGCUCUGGCAAAGCUGAUCAAGAUGGCAAGAUCUGAGUUUGUUGAGGAAGCCAUAAAAGCAUUAUUUGCUGUUUCAGCUUUAAUCAGAAAUAAUUUCGUUGGGCAAGAACUUUUCUAUGCUGAAGCUGGCGAGUUGAUGAUUCAGGAUAUCCUGAGCAACUCAAGCAUUGACAUAAGAAUACAGAAGAAGUCUGUUCUACUCGUGGCUGACCUGGCUGAGUGUCAGCUAGAAAAUGGGAGUAAUCCAGAGCCCCUUUUCUUCCACAAUCGUUUCUUUUUGAGGUCUGUGGUUGAUCUACUUGCAUCAGUGGACCUUGAUCUCCAGGAAAAGGCACUCUAUGCAGUCAAGAACCUUUUACAAUUGCGGACAGAAGCAUUAGUUUUCAAAGAGUUUUGUGGGUUAGAUGCAGCCUUGGAGAAGAUGAGGCAGCAAUUACAGCAGUUAGUAAUGGAAGAGAAUGAUAGCGAGUAUGCAAAGGAUGUUGAAACUCUCCGUGGCGAAGUAGAACGGAUUUUCAUUGGAAAGCUUAAUAAAGAUACACAAUUUCCUACAUGAUUCACAGUGUGGCAUCCGACCAAGAAGUGCAGCAAACAUGGAUUUACAAUGUUGAGGUCAUCUUCAAUCUGUUUGUGUACAUCAGGUUAUUUGUCAACAUGGCAGGGUGCAAUUUUUAGGAUCAAAAUUGAUCCUAAAGAAUCAUGGAGCUGAAUUGAGUCCAAGUGCGCUCAUGAGCCUUUUUCUUUCCUCCGUCCCAGGCUUUCACUCUUUCAUCCCAUGCUUUUUGGUUAUACAGUAUAAUUUGUAUGAACGUGACAAGUGAAAUUAUUUUGUCAGUUCUUGUAUAAUGAUAACGUAGUUGAAAUGAUGAAAAUAUUAUUGAAAAUGAA